AUGGAGGCAAAGUGACUAUUUAACGAGAUGGUUAGUAGAGGAAUCUCUGCAGAUGUAACAACUUACAAUUCUAUGAUUCAUGGUCAUUGUGUACACGCUCAACAGGAGGAAGCAAGAAGAUAUUUUGAUGAAAUGAUGGAUCGUGGGAUUUCACCAGAUACAGUAACUUUUAAUAUCUUAAUAGAUUCACAUUGUAAAGAUGGGAUGACGGAAGAUGCUUGGGGGUUAUUUGAACUAAUGGUGAAGAUAAACAUAAAACCGGAUCAGAUUACUUAUAAUUCAAUGAUGGAUGGUUUGUGUUUGGUAGGUCGGUUACAAGAUGCAGUUAAACUGUUUGGCUCGAUGUUGGAUAGGGGCCUAGAGCCAAGUCAGUUAAACUACAAUGUGUUGAUUGAUGGGUAUUGCAAGAAUCGUAAGUUGGACGAAGCUAUGCAGCUUUUCAAGAAAAUGAAACAAAAUGGAUUGAAACCCACAAUAUUUACUUACAGUAUACUAUUAAGGGGACUAUACCGAGAUAGACGAGUUAGGGCUGCAAAGAAUUUGUUUAAUGAGAUGCAAACUUUUGGUUUAUCUCUAAAUGAAGUUACAUAUGCUACAUUGUUGGAUGGACUCUGCAAGAAUGGAAAAAUUGACGAAGCAGUAGAUUUGUUUGGGUCCCUGGAAACUACUGGUAACUUAAUUAACAUUUUCAUGUACAACAUUCUUAUUCAUGGUUUGUUUCAGGCUGGCAAGCUGGAAGAUGCUAGAAAGCUGUUUGAUAAAAUUCCAAGAAAUGGAUUAUUGCCAGAUGUAGUAACGUAUAACACAAUGAUCAAAGGCUUCGUUCGUAACAACAUGUUAUUAGAGGCUAACUCAUUAAUCAUCGAAAUGGAAGAGAAGGGUUGUUUACGAGAUGCUAGAGCGUAUGAUACCAUUAUCAAUGGUUUUCUUGUAGCAAAGGAGAAUGCCAAGGCAUUGUAUUUUCUUCGCAAGAUGCUUGUAAGAAACUUUGCACCAAGUGAUUCUGCUAUUUGUUUGUUACUAAAGACCCUUUCGGAACAUGAACUUAAAAAUCUGUAGCUGUUCUUGCCACACCUUGUAACUAUUGAGGUAACAAUAAAUAUCCAAAUCUCCAUCGUGUGUCAACAUAUAUGAAAUCAGAAAAUUUUCUGUACCAUUUG